UGAUCGCUGUGUUGAAAGUCGAGAGUUGAGAGUUUGAGAAACCCUGUCUCUUCCCCCACCAAAACCAAAAGCAAAACCAAAAGGUUGGAUUUUGAUCCGAACUCACAUCUCUCUCACACCUGGCUUGGACACCCUUCACACCACAUACAAUCUUCAAACAAAAUCUCAUGAAUAUUAAUGGAUAUCAACCCAAAAUCAUACCAAGAACACCGAAAUAUUUCGCAGUAAUGUUGAGAACAACUUAAAAGAAUCUCGUAGAUCUCCAUUUUCCUUAAACCCUCUCAUCCUGCUCUUCCACUGACGCCUCCCUUAAAUUUCGGGUUCUUUCUCUCUGCCGCAUGCAAGUAUGCACUCUUCUUCAAUCUCCUUAAUCCCAGUGCUUCCUUUUAGUUAGCGAUGUAUGCAUUUGUCGGAGAGGGCGAGGUUUUUGACGGUUUUUUUGACUCCGGAUUACGCUUCAAAAUGAACAGCUGAGGGUUCGUUCCAGGAAAAAUUUCCCCUGAUUUUGGUGUUCUGGGGGUUUUUGUGGAGAUGGGGAGUUCUGGCGAGGCCAAGGGUAUCGAUGCAUCGGUUGGGGGGUUGGUUUGGGUCCGCCGCCGUAAUGGGUCGUGGUGGCCGGGCAAGAUUUUGGGCCUCGAUGAAUUGUCGGAGAGCUGUUUGGUUUCUCCAAGAUCCGGUACGCCGGUGAAACUUCUAGGUCGCGAAGACGCAAGCAUUGACUGGUACAAUCUUGAAAAAUCUAAGAGGGUGAAGGCAUUUCGAUGUGGAGAAUAUGAUGAAUGCAUUGAGAAAGCGAAGGCUUCUGCAGCAAACUCUUGUAAGAAGGCCGUGAAAUAUGCACGGAGGGAAGAUGCAAUUCUACAUGCUCUAGAGCUUGAGAGUGCCCUUCUAGGCAAGGAUCACUUGGACUUUAGCUAUAGGACUCAGAAAAGUGCUUCAGAUGGUGAGAAUGGCGUUUUAGCCAGUGAAUCUCCUCCAUCUCCUACAGUGUCUGAUUCUUGAGAAGAAGAAGAAGAAGAAGAAGAAGAAGAAGAAGAAGAAGAAGAAAAAGAAGAAGAAGAAGMAGAAGAAGAAGAAGAAGAAGAAGAAGAAGAAGCCAUCAUGUCCGAUGAUGUGAAUAAUUCUGAAGACACUUGUCCAAAAAAGAGUAAUUCUGAAGUGAGCUCCGAUUCUGCCCCUGAAAUGUCUCAUUCGGAUAUUCCUUUGGAAAAGCCUAAUCAUGCCAGUCCCUCUAAGGUGCUAUCUGAACAGAAUAGGAGGAGAACGCCGAAUGAUUCAGAGGAUGAUGGAACAGAGGGUGUUAAGCGUAUGAGAGGACUUGAAGAUUUGGGUAUGGGUUCAUUGGCAAAUGGGAAAGCCCAUGCUGCAGAGCAACUUGAAACAGUUCAACAAGAGGAUGCCUCUCAUCGUAAUCUAAAUGCUGGGAGUUGUGUGACUAAUGGAAAUCCCCCAAAGAUUAUUCAUAUGUACUCAUCAUCAUUGAGAAAAAAGAGAUCUCAAGUGGCAAGUGUACAGGAAUUCUUGAAAAAGAAAAAUCGCCGUCGGCCGUUGACAAAGGUUUUGGAGAGCACAGCAAUGGUAUCUGUUCCAGUGAUUUGUGACCAACUUCCUGAUGCAUGUAGUUCACCCCUAUGGGGAGGAACAUCUGAUGGUAGGCUUCCCGGAUUGGAUACUGAAUCAAAGAGAAGUAAUUCUUUGGCGACUAUCAAUAGUUCAGAUGGCAAUGGCACUGCAGUUUCUUGUGACAAUGAAGCCUCUUUAAGUGCUUCUGAAGUGUCUCGGAUUAAUCCUAAGACAAAGGAAAAUGAAGUCUCGAGUAUAUCUGAGCCUCCUGAGAAUAACUCUUCUGAUAAGCUAUUCGAUGUGCCAUUUGUUGGAGGGGAGAAGCACUCAGCUGGUUUUUCUCCUACGAAUCCUUCUUCUUCAUCCGGUAGGUCUUCAGUCGGUGCUUUAGGAAGGCAGUCCAAUCAAAGUACGCCAGCCGUGUCUUUGGUAAGCGAAGCAACUAAGGAACCUGGUUCUACAACUUCAGCUGCCACUCGUAAUGAUAAUAUUAACCAAAAGAUCGAGAGAGGUACUUCAAGGUGGCAGUUAAAAGGAAAGAGGAAGUCAAGGCAUUUAAGUAACUACAGAAAACAGGAUUCGAGAAAUUCAUUGGAUGUGGAUGAUGCAUCUGAUGCUUGCUUGGCAGGUAAAGUAGAUGGCAACAGCGUCAGUAGGUCCCCAUCAGCAAAUGAUUGUGAUCUACUAGCCAAGUCUAAACAAUUUGCCGAAAGCCAGGUAGAUGGACUCUGUGAAUGGAAUAAACGUAUAUCUUACAGGAAAUCUCAUGCAAGUGAACCGAAAACGGAGGUGAAGCAAUUACUUGAUGACUCUCUGGUACCUCAAAAAUUGCUUCCUUAUCGCCAGUCUCGCUUUACCGUCCGUUCUCGAUAUCAGAUGCCAGAAUUUUCUGUUAGAAAUUAUGGAACUAAUUCGCUGUUAUAUGAUGUUGAGCUUGAGGUCCAAGCCAGCUAUAGGCCUCAGCAUGUUCCAUUGGUUUCUUUGAUGAGCAAAUUAAAUGGGAAAGCGAUAGUUGGUCAUCCUCUCACACUUGAAAUUGUGGAAGACGGGCACUGCGAUUCCUUGUUGAGCAGAGUUAAUGUCGACCCGGAAGGUGACAAAAACCGGUAUGCAGUCAAGCACACUGCAACUGCAAGAACUCAAGCCAAACAGUCUCCAUCCCUAUCCAAAUCGCCAAAAACGAAAAGAUCUGGGCAUUUAUGUAAAAAGAUCCGCAGACUAUCUACACUGACUGGUCAUAAUCGGCAUCAAAAUCAGCCAAAACAAAUGAUACAGAAGUCUAAUGUUCAUGUCAUCACCUGUAUCCCUCUUAAAGUCGUGUUCAGUCGGAUAAACGAAGCAGUGAGCGGUUUAUCCCGGCCAUCACACCAUGCCUUGACAAAAGGCAUCCCAUGAAUUAGGUUUGUUCUUUGACAGUUUGCUUGAAUUAUACAAGUUGCAGAACGUAGCCUGUGCUGAUUUAGACUUGGUGGUAAGCAUACAGCAGAAUCAUUCAAUAUUAAGUUAGAUUGAUAGAGAAUCAAACUGUACAAGUUCUUUGACAUUUUGAUAUUGUAGAGAGGAAGUGGUAGAACAGGAGUAGGAAGCUUGGUUUCUGUUAGUUAGCUCUGUAUAUAUGUAAAACUAGCCAGCAGGGUUGUAAAGAUGGUGAUUAUUGGAAUCAUGUGGUAUUUGGAAUUAUUGUUGACCUCGUUUAGUUAGUUUUUCUUAGUCCUAAGCCUCAAUAACUUCCAUUCCCAUUGUAAUGCUUGUAAACAACAUUGUCACUAAUUUAUUCCGAGUAAACUUCUAAAUUUGUUCUUUA